CUUCUCUCCUCUUGCGUCAGGAAAGUGAAAUUCACGGGCGAGGCAGUGAGGUGGUUAUUGUUGCCGAGCAUCAGCAUCAGCAGGAGCAGUAAACGCACUUCCCACAACCAGAGAUCCUGGUCUUGGCUGAAAAGUAGAGAAUACUUGGGAUUGGGCAGCUCUUCCGCCCGCUCUCCACUUCUCUACAACUUUUUCGAGAGUGACUGUCGAAACCCACCUCUCCCGCUGCCUGUGCCUUGUAUAAACCAGAAAAACAUUAAAACACUCCCCUCCCCCCUGGACACCUCCAUCCCGCGUGGCAGCUCUCCGCCCGACUGCUGGAGAACCACGCUCAAACUGGCUACGCGUCGGCCAUAGCUGAGCAGUCUUGCCAACGAUUCACGAUCAACAAACACACCUGUCUGCCCGCCCGCCCGCCCGCACCCACGCACCCACGGACGCACGCCCGCCCGCACGAACGCAACCUCGCAAACACGCCCGCACGCACCCACCCACCAUGGACGCUGUCGCCUUACGGACGCGUAUCCAGGCCACCCUGACUCCCGAUGCCGACGUUAGACAGCAGGCCGAAGUCGAGCUGAAGUCGGCUGAAGAGGCCACCGGCUUCCUCGAUGCCCUGCUCAACAUCCUCGAGGCCGAGCAGGACAACGGUGUCAGGCAGUCCACCGCCAUCUACUUUAAAAACCGCGUCAACAAGGGCUGGGCCAAGGUAGACGAGGUGCAACCCACAUCUACUGCGAUCCAGGAGAACGAAAAGGCCGCUGUGCGCCAACGACUGGUUCCCGUCAUCGCCAAAUCCCAUCCGAACAUCCGCCCCCAGCUCAUUGUUGCCCUGCAAAAGAUUUUGCACUGCGACUUCCCCAAGCAAUGGCCGGACUUUGUCGACGUCACCAACAGCCUUCUCCACUCGCAAGAUGUGUCGUCGGUCUUCGCCGGCUUGCAGUGUCUGCUGGCCAUCUGCCGAACAUAUCGAUUCAAGUUGGGAGACAGUAGGGGCGACUUUGACAAGAUCGUGGAGGCCACCUUCCCCCAGCUCUUGAACAUCGGGAAUAGCUUGGUCAAUGAGGAGAGCCUCGAAGCGGGAGAGAUGUUGAGGACAGUGCUCAAGGCCUACAAGCACGCGAUAUACUUUGAGCUACCACAGCAGCUACGAUCGCACCAAGCCAUGGUGGACUGGUGCACGCUAUUUCUGCGCGUCGUUGCAAAGACUCCGCCAGCCAACUCGAUGAUGGAAGACCUGGACGAGCGCGAGGUCAAUCACUGGUGGAAGUGUAAAAAGUGGGCAUACGUGAAUCUGAACAGGCUCUUUGUCCGAUAUGGCAAUCCGGCGAGCUUGCAAAAGGGAAACGGCGAGGAUUACUCGGCAGUUGCGAAGAGCUUCAUUGCAACAUUCGCUCCAGAAAUAUUAAAGGGAUACCUGGGCCAGAUCGAGCUCUGGGUGGGCAAAAAGAUCUGGCUGAGCAAGCCAUGUCUGUCCUAUACGCUGGGCUUUCUGGACGAAUGCGUGAAGCCCAAGGCCAUGUGGGAUCACCUCAAGCCACACAUGCCUAUUCUGAUUGAGCAUCUGAUCUUCCCGGUCUUGUGCCAGACCGAUGAGGAUCUCGAGCAAUUUGAGGAGGAGCCUGCGGAGUAUCUGCAUCGCAAACUGAACUUCUAUGAAGAAGUAUCCGCACCAGAUGUCGCUGCAACCAAUUUCCUCGUGACACUGACGAAGGCGCGAAGGAAGCAGACUUUUGAGGUGCUGGCAUUCAUCAACAACAUUGUGAACAAGUACGAGGCUGCUCCAGAUGAUCAGAAGAACCCCCGAGAGAAGGAAGGUGCGCUGCGUAUGAUUGGGACGCUCGCAAAUGUCAUUCUGGGCAAGAAAAGUCCCAUCGCAGACCAAGUUGAGUACUUCUUUGUGCGGCACGUCUUUCCAGAAUUUCGCAGCCCCCACGGCUUUCUGCGAGCUCGGGCCUGCGAUACCUUGGAGAAGUUUGAGUCGCUGGACUUCAAGGAUCCAAACAACCUCUCCAUCAUUUACCGCAACAUCCUCGAGUCCAUGGCUGAUCCAGACCUGCCUGUACGAGUCGAGGCUGCACUCGCACUUCAACCUCUCAUCCGUCACGACCCUAUCAGGGUGAUGAUGCAGCAAAACAUUCCACAGAUCAUGCAGCAACUACUCAAACUUGCUAAUGAGGUCGACGUUGAUGCACUUGCCAAUGUCAUGGAGGACUUCGUUGAAGUCUUCGCUCAGCAGCUCACACCUUUCGCUGUCGCGCUUAGCGAGCAACUCAGGGACACGUAUGUGAGGAUCGUACGGGAACUCAUUGAACGAAAUCAAGGAAAGGAUGGUGAAGACAACUACGGCGAUUUCCUGGACGACAAGAGCAUAACAGCACUCGGUGUAUUGCAGACGAUUGGGACACUGAUCCUCACGCUGGAGAGCACACCCGACGUCCUCGCACACUUGGAGCAGAUCCUGAUGCCUGUCAUCACGAUAACCCUUGAACACAAGCUGUACGAUCUGUACAACGAAGUCUUUGAAAUCAUUGAUAGCUGCACAUUCGCCGCCAAGGUCAUUUCGCCAACCAUGUGGCAAGCUUUCGAACUCAUCCACCGGACCUUCAAGUCUGGUGCCGAGCUCUACCUAGAGGACAUGCUUCCUGCGCUCGAGAACUUUGUCAACUACGGAUGGCGGCAACUACUCGAAAGUCCGCAACACCUCGAUGCGAUCGUGGACAUGGUCCGCACCAUCUUUAAGGACGACAAAGUGGGGGGUGUCGACCGGAUAUGCGGCUGCAAGCUGGCCGAAAUCCUCAUGCUCAAUCUCAGGACUGGUAUUGAUAACUACGUCCCUGAAUUCAUCCAGCUAGCCAUGACUGUGCUUACCAAUGACGAUCUCAAAGUGAAGUCCUACAAGAUUCACCUGAUGGAGAUGGUCAUCAACGGCAUCUACUAUAAUCCACGACUUGCUCUGAGCGUGCUGGAGGCGAACGGCUGGACGAAUAAGUUCUUCAGCUUGUGGUUUUCCAGCAUCGACAGCUUUACACGUGUACACGAUAAGAAGCUUUCGAUUGGCGCCAUCACGUCGUUGCUGUCGUUGCGUGGCGAUGAAGUGCCACAAAGUGUGCAACCCGGGUGGCCUAGACUGCUACAGGGCGUUGUGCGCCUUUUCCAGACUCUUCCUGCUGCACUCAAGAACAGAGAAGAGGCUCAGAAGGAUGAGGAUUUCGGGUUGUCUGGUGACUACGACGACGACGAAGAGGAAGAAGAGGAGUGGGAAGCUGAAGACUGGGAAGCCGAAGAGACCGAAGAGACCACAGACGUCAAAGACGAAAGCACUGCGUAUCUCGACUUCCUUAGCCAGCAAGCAAGCAAAUUCAAUGCAGCAGUUGGCGAGGACGAGGGCGAGGACGAACUAGAAGAGGAGAGCUUGUUGGAGACGCCACUGGACGCAAUGGAGCCGUACCAACUGUUCAAGCAGACGCUGGAGACGAUGCAUACCACACAGCCACAAUUCUACACCCAGCUAUACGGCAUGCUUGGCCCAGAAGAACAACAAGUCGUUCAAUCUGCCAUCGAACAAGCAACCAAGAUCCAACAGGCUCAGCAACAAGCAUCUGCUGGCGAUGCUGCCACUCCAACGCAGACUAAUGGCGGUGCCUAGGGGGCGGCCCUGUGAAUCCUGGAUGGCUCUCGUGUCGCCUAUCGCUACCAGCUGCUCGAUUUUCUUUGAUAAUAGUAGUUCAGAAAGAGCGCAAUUCGGCAGUGGAUACACUCGAACUCUCCAAGAUCAUGAGCAAAGUGGACAAUGAUGGGUCUGUGAGACAUCUCGAGAUGCCAUGGGCGACGCGUUACUCCUGCGCGACCACGAAAGAGACGAAUGGCUGCAUUAUUUGAUUUGCAGAAUAGCAAUGAUACCCAGAUGGAAGUGAAUCUUCUUCCUCGCGAGAGGUUUAUUCAUCGUAUCAAAGCGAGCCCCGCUUUGAACGUUGGGAAAGGAAAAUAGGUGGAUAUGAAGUAGGUGCCCAUGAGGGAUGAAAGUACGUUGUUUCGAGAUUUGAUAGCGUUUGCACUUGAAUGGAAAGAGC